ACUAUAAUCAUUGGCUGUUCACCCGGCUAUUUUGUUAAAGCUUCCUAAAAUCGUGUUUUAAUGGUUGGAAAUUGUACUAAAUGAUUAGCUUUUGGAUAAUGUAGUUCAACAGCUACCUAUGUCAGAAAAAUUCUACAUGUCUAAACGAAGACGUAGAGACCUGGAUACCUCCAGUUCCAGUGGAAGUUCUGAAUGUAUCUAUGACAACUCUUUAUGGAAGUUUGUCGAGGACAAUUAUGAGUUUUUGAUGAACGACGACUUGAUGGAGGAAUGCAAGCAUGAUUUGUCCAUCGGUGAUACUUCCUUACCGGUUGAUAACUCCCUUCAGUCCUGCAUCAGCUUACUUGAGGACCUUGGUGAGUGGCUUCACAGUCUUCGUCAGCGAUCUCAGUUUGACAGGCCUGCUAAUUUUUGGAAAUACUCAGAAUCGAUUCUUGCGAAUGAAAUUCAAAAUUAUGAAAAAAGAAAGCACAAUAUUUUCAAAUCAGUACUAUCUACCAUUCAAGAUAGAUUUCAAGGAUUUGCAUCUUCCUCAGAGUUACCGGAUUUUCCUAUUGCUUCAAAUCAAAUUCCCAAUACAAUGGAUCAAAGGUCUAAUCAACUAUUGCGUGCACUUGUUGAAUUUCAACGGGAAUGGGAUGCUACUGUUCACCAAAUUGCACCAAUUGAUCCCCUAACUGACCAAACCAGGUUUAUGAAAGAUAUUGAACUGGACCUUGAGAAAAUUGAUGCGUGGUUGGAGAUGUUAACUUCAAACUUACCAAACACUUCUGCUUGGAUGACAUGCCUAAUGUCAUUGUCUGAUGUUCAGAAAUUUUCAGCAGCUAAAUAUUACCAGGUUUGUUUAAAACAGAUAGAACAAUAUUCAAAGACAUUAUCAACUAUAAAAGAACUAGUUGAUCGUGUUGAAGUAAAUACAAUGACUGAUUUAUCAUUUCAAAAUAAUUUGCAUAUUUUAUCAAGAAGAGUUUGUGAAUCAGAGGCAAAAUGUUAUACACUUUGGUUACGUUUAUUAGAAUUAUCAAUUUAUAUUGAUCAGAAUCCAAAAUUGAAUAUAAAUAAAGUAAUGAAUACUGAUAUCAGUCAAUGCAGACCAAAUAGUGAUAUUUGGAAUAAAUCUUUACUAAAUUUCAACUCUAAAGAGACCGAAAGUCAGUUUACUGUUAACCGAAAUGGCCAUGAAAGUGGUUUUGAAUCAGAACAAAGUCCUCCACUGAAAUCAUUUCUCAGUUAUCCAUGUACUGAUACUGCUACCAGCUGUGGUCUGUUUAUCACUAAAGGUGGGGAAGGAAAAAUAAAAAAGGAAAACAGUUAUUCCCUUCCAAAUGAUUUCAACCUAAUCGGUGAACAGUCGAUUAAAUCUUCACUGGAUCAUAAAAUGGGAAAACAUUCUGAAUUGGAUAUUAAAAAAAGCGUCCAGAUUACGUCAUCUCAACAAAAUAUCUUGACUACUUAUGAAUCUGGAUGUACAGUUAAUUAUCAGGAAAAUGAUUCAGUGUCUUUACCUGAUCAACAGUGUAUUGGACAUAGUUUAAAACAAGAAAUGAUAGCGUAUGAAACUUCGCAACCAAGUAAAAAACUUUUAUUAAGCGAUAAUUCAAAUAAAUCUGUCAAUACCACAUUUCAAACAGACAGAAGCCUUUUCGCAUAUUCGAAUUCUUCUCCUGACACUAUCUUAUUCAAUAAGCAUGAAUGGAAGCAGAAUCUUGUUACUGAAUCUCACCAUCCACAAAAACUAAAAUUACAAAAUCAUAGAACAAUUCUCAAGUGUUUUUCUUCUCCUAUCCUAAUGUCAUUAUCAUCGUCAUCUGGAGAACAUACAGCCCGAUCGUGUUCACUGUCAACUAAUACAAGAUUACUACAUGCACAGAAUACACAUUCAUCUUUGAUUUUUCAUAGAACAAGAAUAAAUUCAUGGAAUAUGCUUCAUUGUAAGAAUAAUUACACUGACAAGUCUACAAAAGACGUGAAUAAGCAAACAUUGCUAAUAAAUAAAUGUAAAUUACACAAUUUGUAUUACUUGAAAAGAAUUAGAAACAAACGAUUAAAAAUCAGUUCACCUAACUUUUCAUUGAAAAUAAAAACUAAACGUAAAUCAAAGAGUGCAAAGUUUUUAAAGUAUAAAUUUAUUCAAAAUAUGAAAGUUGGAAACAAUAACACCAGAAAUUGUAUCAGUUCAACUUCUCUAAAUCUAUCAAAACACAUUAGAAAUAAAAUACUUAGACAACAUUGUGGAACAAGGCAAGUUUCGAAACUUAACCAAUACAAAGAUCCAAAUUCCAUCUCUGAAGUAACUAGUAACAGCAGCUAUUGUUGUGAAUCACUACCUGAUGAUGCAAGUGAGCUGGAACAACGCCGAUGGAGAAAGCAAGUCAGGACGUAUUUGAAUGCAGCUGCAGAAGCAGAAGAAUUAGUUCGAAACAGAUAUUCACCAACACGAUUUACAUCUUGGUUAGCUGGACUGAAUACAGAUAACUUGAAGUUGGGUCAUCACGAUAAUAAUACUACUAAGAAUCAUAAUCAUGCAGCAUGUAUUGAUUCGAUCAGUGAAGUUGAAGUAGUAAACAGGAGACAAAACACACAGCAUAGAAAUGGAAACAAGAAAAGUAAUAAUAAUUCUGAUUCUACAUCUCAAUUGUCAGGUAAUCUUGAUACAGAAAUACAAGAGGAAGAGGAGAUGAAGGCCAGUAAAGAUGAUGACUUACAUGAACCGUUGCUUAACUUCUGGGAUGAUUAUCAGGCAUCACUCUACUCAAAUUCUAGUGAUGUUCAAGUUUAUGAACCGCCAAGUACAUACGCUGAAGAAUUUCCAUGGGAUGAUGUGGGAAGUAUAUUUUUUAUUGAUGAUGAACCACAACUAAAUUCCAGUUUGCCUAGUUGUAGUGAAUCACUUAAAUUAAUAAAAUCAAUUUCUGGUGAUAGUAUUACACAAGAUAAUGAUUAUUCAAUAAAUUAUAGACAAGAUAUUAUUUCUACAUCAACAUCAGCUAUGUUCAAUCAAAAAAGUAGUAUGGAAACAAGUUUUGAAGUAUGCAAUAAUACAUCAAGAAAUUAUUCUCAUCGAACAGAAAGUUGGUCUGUAGAACAUACAGACAAUUUACUCAAUCCAGAUGUAUCUGUUCGUGGUCUGCGUACAUGUCCUGAUGGUGGUUCACAAUAUUUACCGAGUAUCGAAACAAUGGAUAUUACUUCAAAUUGUGAAGCUGAAGAACUUUCAAAUCCACCGAAAUCUGUAAGUAAUCUCAGUCAACAUUUAACCCCUCCACAUUAUACAUGUUAUACAAAACAGAGUAAAUCGUUCAAUGCAUAUGAAAGAAAAUAUCAAACUGUCCCUCGUACUACAAAUCGUAAAAGAAAAGCUCAAAUUAAUUCACAUCAUUCAGAAAAGCAACCAAUGAAAAGGGACUUUUUGUCAUUAGACGCUAGUCUUAAUUACUUGAAUGAUCGAUAUUUUAAUGAUAUUCAUAAAGGUAUUUUGGAGCAUUCUGGAACACGUCUAUUGAAUGCUGAAAAUUAUCUACAGCAUUUACUGACUUCAAUAAGAAGAAAUAAGAGACCACACAGACGAAAUCGUGUGAAACGGAUCAGUUCAGAUAAUUGGCAUCAUCGUACAGCUCAUUUAUUACAGACAGCUGAAGCUCAUGUUAAACUUCUUUCGAAUUUACUGUCAGAUCUUAAAGCUGAUUCUUCGGAUAUAUCUGAACAAAUAGAAGACGACUAUCCUCAUUCCUUCAUUCAAGAUAUAACACUGAACAAGAAUGAAAAUAGUAAUAGUAAUGCCGAUAACAAUAAUAAUGAUAAUAAUAAUAAUAAUCAGUGUAACAAUGCUAACAAUUACCACCAUUCACCAGAUCAUUUAGUUAUUUCAAAUGCAUUGAAAUUAAAGUCUCAAUGGACAAAAUUCUUAUCAAAACUACACCAGAUACAUCAUCAAUCGAAUCAGUAUGAAACAUGGGAAAAACAGUUAUGCAUGCUUCAAACACGUAUGCAUGAUUUAAGUCGGCUUACACGUCAAAUUGGCCUUUCAAUGUAUAUGAAUAAAGAGGUGAAUGAUGAAGAUAACAUUAGUAGUAUCAGUAAUUUUGAUGAUUAUAAUCCUGGCCUUUUCGAUGAAAGUCAAAUGGAUAAAAUAAGCUACGGUUUCAGAAGAUGUUUUUCAGAACUGGAUAGUUUGAAUUAUGCAUUGGAUGAAAUACAAAAUGAAUUGAAUGAGAAUGGUCAAACAUCAAUGGAUAAUAAUAAUAAUGAUUCAAACAUUACUAUUUCAAAUCCAAUAAGUUUGGAUAAUCGACUACUUCAAGAAAUUGAUCGACUUUCAAACCAGUUGGCUGUUAAUCGGUCCAUCCUUCAGAGACUGAUUCGAUUGUUUGAGUCUCAUCGUUCAAAUCAGUCUACUACUCCAGAUGAUAAAGAAAAUGAUAGUAAUGAUAAUAACGUAAAUUUAGAGGAAAUGAAAACUGAGGAUAAGAUAAAUACUACUGAAGAAAGUAUCGACGAUGUGGAAAUGGAAACCAGUGAAAUUCAUGGAGAUGAGCAUUUAUGGAAUGAGGAAGCUGAAAAAGAGCAUCUGAUUUCUCCAUCAAACGCAAUGGAGAAAAAGCAAUUUUCCAUUUAUUCAUUUGUCAGUAAACUAUUACACCGAAUUUUCCCAUUUAAUAAUCAUAAUUUAUUCAUUGUCUUAGCUGGUGGUUUCCUCUUCAUAGCGUAUAUAAGCUAUUAUAUCUUAAAUAGACUUCUUAUUUGUAAUAAUCAUUCUCGUCGUCUCUCAGCCUCCUCCUCUUCUUCUUCUCCAUCCUCUUCAACAUCUCAAGGAUAUUUUUCAGCGGUGCAAUGUCUGUUCGGCUCAACCAAUGGCAAUGAUUUAAUUGAUCCUGCUGGUGCUCCAGCUACUGCCUAUCAUAAUUGUCCAUUAGAUAGGGAUAAAUUGUCCAGCAUAAUAGAUUAUACAAAUGGCGUACAGCCUUAUUAAAUUUCCUGAAUCCUGUUGAACUAUAUAGUCAAUCAUUUUCAACCUCGUUUGCGCCAAAUCUCUUUAUUGUUUAGUCCAAAGAUCAGAUUAAAAAGGGCAUGUCAGCCAAAUUAGUCCUGGAUUUCAAGCGAAAUCCCCAACAAAUACCAAUAAAUAAUGUUUAGUGUAUAAAAACUGGUUUUCUUCCAAUAAUCCUAGACAUCGUUGUUCUGUCACACUUAGGUUCCUUUUGAUGAAAAGUCCACUAGGUUUUAAUCGAUUUUUUUUCUAUUACUUUUCUUUUUCGUAUUCUCCUCCCCCUUGUCUACUUCUCUAGUGUUGUGUUAUACUGUGCCAUGUAUUAUUAGGAUAUUUUAAUGUUGACUGAAAGGCAAGCUCCUUAUCUCAUUUGUAAAUAAACAAGAAUCAUAAUCACCCUCACCUAUUACACCUAUAAUAUAAUAUAUAUUUUGUUUGAAUAGACCAUUACCUAUCGGGUUUAUUUGUUUAUGUGAAGACAUACUCACUCAAAAAUCUAGUUUCUUCUUUUCUUAUAUUUUGUAAUUUAAUUGUGCAAUGAAGAACACACUGGAUUAUAUUAUAUACUUUUUUUUUCGAAAAAAGUACAUUUAUACUAAUUAUAAAGCAUAGAAGUAGUUCUCUGAAUUUCGUUUUGAUUUUCCGUACACACUUCGAUCAAUUUCUCUAUUUCUUUUUUUAUUUCAUCUAUUCACUUAUUUAUGUAAUCAUGUAUGCAUGUAAUCUUUUCAUUUAUCAUUUUGAGAAUUAUCAUAGACAAUCUGUUUAUUCGAAAUUUAAUUUCUUUUUAUAUAAAUAUGUUCUGUUUUCAUUUGAAAUCGUAAAAAGUAUACUUUCUAAUAGGGGUUGAAGAUUUGAACUUAACAACUGCUAUUGGAUAUGCUGCUAAUAAAUUAUUGACGCUAGUAAAUUAAAAUCACUGUAAAAGCGGUUUGUUCCAUUGAGAUUUUUUCAUAUUGAGUCGUGCUAAAAACUGAUAAUCAUCU